CGCCGCCUCAGUGGAGCUGCGCACGCUGGACUCGUCGCCCCGCAGUGUCGUUCCUGGAUCAGUUCUAAAGACGGGAGCCAACUGGUGUCACUUUGGACUGUUUCAGGAUGGCGGUCAGAUGAGCGCUGAGCUGCUGCUCAGGUGGCUUCAACCCUCCGCUGGAUGAGAUGCGACCAUGUCCUUUACGCACCGGCUCGCCCUGCUCCUGCUGGCCUUCACCUUCAUCCACACGGUUAAUGGAAAGUUUCCUCACUGCCAGUUCUAUUGGGAGAUGCAGAGAGCCAGGAGAGAGUGUCAGACACAACUACAGCAACAGACGCCUGCUAUCACAGGAUGCCGCGGCGAGUGGGACAAUGUGUCUUGUUGGCAGAGCGCGGCGGUCGGCGAGGUGAUGACCCUCCCCUGCCCCUCCCCCUUCCUGCACCUGUUUGGAAAACACGGUAAACUCAGCAGGAACUGUACAGAGGAAGGUUGGUCUGUCGUCUACCCCACCAUCACCACUGCCUGCUGGUCAGACAACACAGUCGAGCCCAACGAGCUGGUGUUCUACAGGGUGGUGAAGAUACUGUCUGCUCUGGGCCACAGCCUGUCCCUCAUCACUCUGCUCACCAGCAGCAUCAUCAUCUGCUUGUUCCGGAAGCUCCACUGUACGAGGAACUACAUCCAUCUGAACUUGUUUGUAUCGUUCAUGCUGCGAGCCGUGGCCGUGCUGACCAAAGACACGCUGCUCUUCUCAGAAGAGGAAACCGCAGACUGCAGCAUCCAGCCUUCGCUGGUGGGCUGUAAGGCCAGCCUGGUGUUCUUCAACUACUUCAUCAUGGCCAACUUCUUCUGGCUGCUGGUGGAGGGUCUGUACCUGCACACCCUGCUGCUCGUCAUCCACAACUACUCCACCCGCCUCUCCAUCUACAUGCUCAUCGGCUGGGGAAUCCCUUUUGUUUUCAUGGUUGCGUGGAUCAUAUGCAGGAUAAACCUGGAGGACACAUGGUGUUGGGAGAUGAAUGAGAACCCUCUCCCCAACAGACUGAUCAACUGGCCCAUCGUAGCAUCCGUCAUCAUCAACUUCAUUAUGUUCAUCAGCAUCAUCCGCAUCCUGCUGCAGAAACUGCGCUGCACCAACGUCGGAGGAAACGACCAAUCACAGUACAGACGUCUGGCGAAGUCCACCCUCCUGCUGAUCCCCCUGUUCGGGGUAAACUAUGUGGUGUUCGUCUACCUGAUGGAGCCGUCCGACAAAAGCAUGAGUCACAUCAAGAUCUUCUUUGAUCUCGGCCUCGGAUCCUUCCAGGGUCUAAUUGUCGCUGUCCUCUAUUGCUUCCUCAACAGCGAGGUCCAGAGCGAGCUGAGGAGGACGUGGAGGAGUCUGUCUCUCAAGCGUUACGUGGGGCGGGACUACAGGCUGCACGCCACGUCAGUCAGCCGAAACGGAACCGAAAACUCCGCCCAGUGUCCCAGGAACUCCAGAGCCCAGUCCAUCCUGCAGACUGAGACCACCGUGCUCUGACCAGGGACUGACGCACAGGACUGAAGCUCGUAUUCACAUAUCGUUUGCUCCUGCAGGGACUGAACCUGGGGCCUGCAGGGACUGAACCUGGGGCCUGCAGGCGUUUCCGAGGUGAACGAGUCCUGGUCGGACUGCGUUCUCUUUCUUCACAGUGGUCUUCGGUUGACGACACACAUGAACCAGCGCCUGCUGAAAUCACACAUGCAUCAGCUAAUUACGAUUAGUUUCAUGUCAUUAAACUUUCUGAAAAGUAAACAAGUUGCAAGUAAAGAAUCUCAAAUAAACAACACACAUAUUCUCAGCUGGGAGAUAUAAGUUCUGUUUGGUGGCUACAUGUAAUUUUGUUUUUUUUGUUUGGAAGAAGAUGCUUCAAAACACGAAACAUUAACCAAAAACAAGUAAACUAUGUUAUUUUACUUUAUUAAUAACCAAACAAUUAAAUGUGGUGGAAAGUUACUUAUUUUGAAAAUCAUGAAUUUAUCACUGUUUUUUUGGAUUAGAGUGAGUUUUAGGGAGCCGCUGGCCUGAUGCCACGUUCACUUCAUGUGACGUCCAUCUGAAAUCUAAACUGCUGUCUCCUUUCGUUUUAAGUCAGACGCGGCCCCAGCGGCCCCCAGCUCGUUUGGCUUGUGACUCCUUCAAAUGAAGCAGCCUCUACCUGCGACCCCCCGGUUCAGAUGAAAUUAUCCAGAUGCACACAAGAAAAAAGCUCAUAGGGAAUCUGAAAAUAAGUUCAAUCAUCUCACAACCUCUCGGAUUUAUCUUGCAGCCCCUUGUUGGGGGUCCAGACCCACAUGUUGAGAACAGGAGCGGUUUACAGCUGGGAGUUCAGGAAACAUACAGGUCACUGUGGCUCAUGUAAAUCAUGAUUAUCCAUUUAUUUUUAUGUUUAUUUAUUUUCAUCUAUAUGUUUGUGCUAAAUUGAGGGUUUGACAGUGUACUUCUCUGUUAUUAUUCUUAUACUGAUGUCUUUGAAUUCAACCAUCUUGGAUUUAAGUGUUUUCCACCAGAAUCUUGCUCAUCUACAAACAGUCGGUAUGACUAAAAGUAUUCAACACAAGAGAAUUAUUGAUGAUACUGAAUGAGAUUUUCCAUACUGUUAUCAGGGAGGCUCGUCCAUCACAUCAGGAUCCUGGAAUGGAAACUGAUCGUGUGAAAUUCGGUGUAUUGAAGUGCAGUACUCUGGACACGUGUGUUGAGUCACAGUAAGACAAGCAGGAUUUCAGUUCUGCUUUUGAACAGCCAAAAGCCGCUCUUGCCUUGAUGGUUUUGUAUGUGCGUGAGGUCGAGGGACAUUUGUACGCAUUUGAAAGCUUACAGCUGUGAAACCUGUGACUCUGUGUGUUUUAUG